AUGCCCAAGAAUGAGUGGAUCCGAAUGGACCGAGGUUACGUCGACCGCAUCGAAGAACGCAAGCAGGUCAUGCAGAGCAACCCCAAGGAAGCAUUUGGUAGCAACGCAAUUGUUGACCCAGCAAUUGCAGAGCUAUAUCAGGAAAUCAUGGAUUUUCUGCCCCGGCGAUUCCCCACCAUGUUUGACUUGUGUGGAGAUUCCUUGUACAACAAGGUCACCGGCCAGUCGUAUUCGGUCAAUCUCACCGAGCUGGACCCUAUGACUAUGCUCCGUAACUUGGGCGAGAACGUUGAAGAAGACUUCUACAUCAUGUGUCCCGAUUCUGACAAUGAGCUGAGACUACAGGGUUACAUCGCAUGCUUUCCCGGUGGAUUUCUGAGCCCAUCCCGGGUUGGCAUGUCGAUGCGUGAGAUACACCAGCCCGUCCCUGGCUAUGAAGCUCGUAUUGGUAAAGGAGCGGACCGCUUCCUUGCUCGGCUUGAAGGAGGUGCCUUUGUUGGAAGAAUGAACUGGAGCCUCCAGACGGAUGGCCGGGAUCUCUUCCGCGUGGACGGCAAUAACUUCUAUCCAGAACAAGGCCAUCAAUUACCCACAGAGCAGCUGCCUGUCAACCUCGACGAUUGCUAUCUCCGGGUGGAGCAUCAAACACUGACACGACUGACGAAAUCGCGUGCUGUCAUCUUUUGCGUUCGCUCAUACAUGACUACGCUACGAGAGGUGAGAGUGGAGGGAAAUGGGCCCGCACUAGCCAAUGCCAUCGAGAGCAUGCCGGAGAAACUGGGUGAUUACAAGAUGCGGCCUAUGUGGAGUGAGGCCAUUUACCCAUACCUUCGUUCGCAAUAG